AGUAAAAUUUCUUUAUACUUGCUCAUAUUAGUGAAAAUAAAAAAUAGAACUCCGUGAAAACGAUAUGGAACGGGAUUGGAACGUGAAACGAACUCGAUAGUGUAAUCGACGAAGUAUAUCGAUAUGAAUGCUUGUCACGUGAUAGAGAAUCUCAGCUUGGUCGUGUAUUUAGUUUGUCGUCGUGUAUUGAGUCGUGCUUGAAAUUUCUGAUAGUGAUUAUUUUUUAAGGAUCAAGAAAAUGUUAGGCCUAGAGGAAUCAUGGACGGUAAGCGUAAACAAAAAGAUUAUAAUUUUAAAAAAAAGAAAAUUAAGUAGGAUCAUGCAAUCCAUUGAAUGUGAAGCCGAAUUACACGAACUUGUAGAAGCAAGUAAAGUCAUCCAUGUUUGCAAGGAUGCUGAAAGUACUUCUACAUCGGGCUUAAAUGAUGAUGGCCAAUUGGAUAAUAUCCCUACACCAGAAUCUGUUCAAUGUUUCUUACAGCCAGUAUUUAAUUUGCCCUGUGAGGAUAGUUCUCUUGAUUGUAUAUCAAGACAAGAACCUUUAGGGCACCUUGAUUUCAUUUCAGGGCAAGAACCUUUAGGGCAUAUUGAGGAUGUUCCUGAUACUUCAGAGAAGUUAAGUGAUAAGCUCAGUUUUUGGGCUGUUCGCUUUAAUAUAAAGCACUAUGUCUUACCGCUUUGCUGAACAUUUUGAAAGACCAUCAUCCUGAAUUGCCUCGGGACAGUCGAGCAUUACUUAAAACGUGUCGGGAGACGAAUAUUAAAAAAAUCUAAGGAAGGGGAGUUUUUUUUAUUUCGGAUUACAAAAAUAUUUUGAAAAAAUUAAUUUACAAUCAAUUUGUCUCAAUAGAGAUAU